ACUGGUGUGCUGCAUUGCCUUAGUCACAUCACAUGAUUUGCACGUGAUUCUGUUGUCGUCUUGAAAGGAAAGUGAGUAUUUACUGUACCAUUUGAUUUCAAUGUAGCUACAAUAUUGUAAAAACACAUGCUUCAAACUGUAUUUGUACAAUUCAUGACAAUCAGGAGUAACUUGUGAACUUUGACCCACUCUAUAAUCAUACAGCACUGUCUGUUGAGAAAUGCAGAAUGAGAACUGUGACAAGGCAGGCCGUUUGCCAAUCAGACAGUAGCUACAGCUGAAUAAACUCAUAAGCUCACUAUGUUCCUGAACUAGUACUGCUUAUAUUGACAUGAACUGACUUUAUAUAAAUACAUAUAAUGUGUCAUUCUCAUCUGUGAAAGGAGAGUAAGUUGUGAUUGUUUUGACAGACCAUUUAGCCAUGUCCUGUUCUAUGAGAAGUCUGGUGGAGGAUGAUGACAGAUACCUGAAGUCCUUCCAGCUGUUCCUGGAGCGCUCCUCUGAACACCAGUGCAUGCAGGACUUUAUCCAUGGCAUCCUGCCUGACAUACUAGCCAGGUAACAGUUCUGACAUACUAGCCAGUUAAAAAUUCUGACAUACUAAUCAGGUAACAGUUCUGACAUACUAGCCAGGUAACAGUUCUGACAUACUAGCCAGGUAACAGUUCUGACAUAGUAGCCAGGUAACAGUUCUGACAUACUAGCCAGGUAACAGUUCUGACAUACUAGCCAGGUAACAGUUCUGACAUACUAGCCAGGUAACAGUUCUGACAUACUAGCCAGUUAACAGUUCUGACAUACUAGCCAGUUAACAGUUCUGACAUACUAAUCAGGUAACAGUUCUGACAUACUAGCCAAUUAACAUUUCUGACAUACUAGCCAGGUAACAGUUCUGACAUACUAGCCAGGUAACAGUUCUGACAUACUAGCCAGGUAACAGUUCUGACAUACUAGCCAGGUAACAGUUCUGACAUAAUAGCCAGGUAACAGUUCUGACAUACUAGCCAGUUAACAGUUCUGACAUACUAGCCAGGUAACAGUUCUGACAUACUAGCCAGGUAACAGUUCUGACAUACUAGCCAGUUAACAGUUCUGACAUACUAGCCAGUUAACAGUUCUGACAUACUAAUCAGGUAACAGUUCUGACAUACUAGCCAAUUAACAUUUCUGACAUACUAAUCAGGUAACAGUUCUGACAUACUAGCCAGGUAAUAUUUCUGACAUACUAGCCAGGUAAUAUUUCUGACAUACUAGCCAGGUAACAGUUCUGACAUACUAGCCAGGUAACAGUUCUGACAUACUAAUCAGGUAACAGUUGUGACAUAUAAGCCAGGUAACAGUUCUGACAUACUAAUCAAGUAACAGUUCUGACAUACUAGCCAGGUAACAGUUCUGACAUACUAGCCAGGUAACAGUUCUGACAAACUAGCCAGGUAACAGUUCUGACAAACUAGCCAGGUAACAGUUCUGACAUACUAGCCAGGUAACAGUUCUGACAUACUAGCCAGGUAACAGUUCUGACAUACUAGCCAGGUAACAGUUCUGACAUACUAGCCAGGUAACAGUUCUGACAUACUAGCCAGGUAACAGUUCUGACAUACUAAGUAACAGUUCUGACAUACUAGCCAGACAACAGUUCUGAAAUACUAGCCAGGUAAACAAUACUAGCUAGAUAACAGUUCUGACAUACUAAUCAGGUAACAGUUCUGACAUACUAGCCAGGUAACAGUUCUGACAUACUAGCCAGGUAACAGUUCUGACAUACUAGCCAGGUAACAGUUCUGACAUACUAGCCAGGUAAACAAUACUAGCUAGAUAACAGUUCUGACAUACUAGCCAGACAACAGUUCUGAAAUACUAGCCAGGUAAACAAUACUAGCUAGAUAACAGUUCUGACAUACUAAUCAAGUAACAGUUCUGACAUACUAGCCAGGUAACAGUUCUGACAUAAUAGCCAGGUAACAGUUCUGACAAACUAGCCAGGUAACAGUUCUGACAUACUAGCCAGGUAACAGUUCUGACAUACUAGCCAGGUAAAGUUCUGACAUACUAGCCAGGUAACAGUUCUGACAUACUAGCCAGGUAACAGUUCUGACAUAUUAGCCAGGUACAGUUCUGACAUACUAGCCAUUAACAGUUCUGACAUACUAGCCAGUUAACAGUUCUGACAUACUAAUCAGGUAACAGUUCUGACAUACUAGCCAAUUAACAUUUCUGACAUACUAGCCAGGUAACAGUUCUGACAUACUAGCCAGGUAACAGUUCUGACAUACAGCCAGGUAACAGUUCUGACAUACCUAGCCAGGUAACAGUUCUGACAUACUAGCCAGUUAACAGUUCUGACAUACUAGCCAGGUAACAGUUCUGACAUACUAGCCAGGUAACAGUUCUGACAUACUAGCCAGUUAACAGUUCUGACAUACUAGCCAGUUAACAGUUCUGACAUACUAAUCAGGUAACAGUUCUGACAUACUAGCCAAUUAACAUUUCUGACAUACUAAUCAGGUAACAGUUCUGACAUACUAGCCAGGUAAUAUUUCUGACAUACUAGCCAGGUAAUAUUUCUGACAUACUAGCCAGGUAACAGUUUCUGACAUACUAGCCAGGUAACAGUUCUGACAUACUAAUCAGGUAACAGUUGUGACAUAUAAGCCAGGUAACAGUUCUGACAUACUAAUCAAGUAACAGUUCUGACAUACUAGCCAGGUAACAGUUCUGACAUACUAGCCAGGUAACAGUUCUGACAAACUAGCCAGGUAACAGUUCUGACAAACUAGCCAGGUAACAGUUCUGACAUACUAGCCAGGUAACAGUUCUGACAUACUAGCCAGGUAACAGUUCUGACAUACUAGCCAGGUAACAGUUCUGACAUACUAGCCAGGUAACAGUUCUGACAUACUAGCCAGGUAACAGUUCUGACAUACUAAGUAACAGUUCUGACAUACUAGCCAGACAAACAGUUCUGAAAUACUAGCCAGGUAAACAAUACUAGCUAGAUAACAGUUCUGACAUACUAAUCAGGUAACAGUUCUGACAUACUAGCCAGGUAACAGUUCUGACAUACUAGCCAGGUAACAGUUCUGACAUACUAGCCAGGUAACAGUUCUGACAUACUAGCCAGGUAAACAAUACUAGCUAGAUAACAGUUCUGACAUACUAGCCAGACAACAGUUCUGAAAUACUAGCCAGGUAAACAAUACUAGCUAGAUAACAGUUCUGACAUACUAAUCAAGUAACAGUUCUGACAUACUAGCCAGGUAACAGUUCUGACAUAAUAGCCAGGUAACAGUUCUGACAAACUAGCCAGGUAACAGUUCUGACAUACUAGCCAGGUAACAGUUCUGACAUACUAGCCAGGUAACAGUUCUGACAUACUAGCCAGGUAACAGUUCUGACAUACUAGCCAGGUAACAGUUCUGACAUAUUAGCCAGGUAACAGUUCUGACAUACUAGCCAGGUAACAGUUCUGACAUACUAAGUAACAGUUCUGACAUACUAGCCAGGUAACAGUUCUGACAUACUAGCCAGGUAACAGUUCUGACAUACAAGCCAGGUAACAGUUCUGACAUACAAGCCAGGUAACAGUUCUGACAUACUAGCCAGUUAACAGUUCUGACAUACUAAUCAGGUAACAGUUCUGACAUACUAGCCAAUUAACAUUUCUGACAUACUAAUCAGGUAACAGUUCUGACAUACUAGCCAGGUAAUAUUUCUGACAUACUAGCCAGGUAAUAUUUCUGACAUACUAGCCAGGUAACAGUUCUGACAUACUAGCCAGGUAACAGUUCUGACAUACUAAUCAGGUAACAGUUCUGACAUACUAAUCAGGUAACAGUUCUGACAUAUAGCCAGGUAACAGUUCUGACAUACUAUCAGGUAACAGUUCUGACAUACUAGCCAGGUAACAGUUCUGACAUACUAGCCAGGUAACAGUUCUGACAAUACUAGCCAGGUAACAGUUCUGACAACUAGCCAGGUAACAGUUACUAGAGACAUACUACGAGUAACAGUUCUGACAUACUAGCCAGGUAACAGUUCUGACAUACUACAGGUAACAGUUCUGACAUACUAGCCAGGUAACAGUUCUGACAUACUAGCCAGGUAACAGUUCUGACAUACUAGCCAGUAACAGUUCUGACACAUACAACUACAGGUACAGUUCUGACACUACUAGCCAGUGUAACAGUUCUGACAUACUAAGCAGGUAACAGUUCUGACAUACUAGCCAGUUAACAGUUCUGACAUACUAGCCAGGUAACAGUUCUGACAUACUACCAGGUAACAGUUCUGACAUACUAGCCAGGUAUAAUUUCUGACAUACUAAGUCAGGUAACAGUUCUGACAUACUAGCCAGGUAAUAUUUCUGACAUACUAGACCCGGUAACAUUUCUGACAUACUAGCCAGGGUAACAGUUCUGACAUACUAGCCAGGUAACAGUUCUGACAUACUAACUCAGGUAACAGUUCUGACAUACUAAGCAGGUAACAGUUCUGACAUACUAAUCAGGUAACAGUUCUGACAUACUAGCCAGGUAACAGUUCUGACAUACUAGCAGGUAACAGUUCUGACAUACUAGCCAGUAACAGUUCUGACAUACAAGCCAGGUAACAGUUCUGACAUACUAGCCAGUUAAACAGUUCUGACAUACUAGCCAGUAACAGUUCUGACAUACAAUGCCAGGUAACAGUUUCUGACAUACUAGCCAGGUAAAUUUCUGACAUACUAGCCAGGUAACAGUUCUGACAUACUAGCCAGGUAACAGUUCUGACAUACAUAGCAGGUAACAGUUCUGACAUACUAGCCAGGUAACAGUUCUGACAUACUAGCCAGGUAACAGUUCUGACAUACUAGCCAGUAACAGUUCGACAUACUAAUCAGUAACAGUUCUGACAUAUAAGCCAGUAACAGUCUCAUCAGCAGUAAAUUCUGACAUACUAACAGUAACAGUUCUGACAUACUAGCCAGGUAACAGUUCUGACAUACUACAGGUAACAGUUCUGACAUACUAGCCAGGUUAACAGUUCUGACAUACUACCAGGUAACAGUUCUGACAUACUAGCCAGGUAACAGUUCUGACAUACUAGCCAGGUAACAUUCUGACAUACUAACCAGGUAACAGUUCUGACAUUACUAGCCAGUAACAGUUCUGACAUACUAAUCAGGUAACAGUUCUGACAUAUAGCCAGGUAACAGUUCUGACAUACUAGCCAGUAACAGUUCUGACAUACUAGCCAGGUAACAGUUCUGACAUACUAGCCAGGUAACAGUUCUGACAUACUAGCAGGUAAACAGUUCUGACAAUAGCCAGUAACAGUUCUGACAUUCUAGCCAGGUAACAGUUCUGACAUACUAAGUAACAGUUCUGACAUACUAGCCAGACAACAGUUCUGAAAUACUAGCCAGGUAAACAAUACUAGCCAGACAACAGUUCUGAAAAACUAGCCAGGUAAACAAUACUAGCUAGAUAACAGUUCUGACAUACAAGCCAGGUAACAGUUCUGACAUACUAGCCAGUUAACAGUUCUGACAUACUAGCCAGUUAACAGUUCUGACAUACUAAUCAGGUAACAGUUCUGACAUACUAGCCAAUUAAAAUUUCUGACAUACUAAUCAGGUAACAGUUCUGACAUACUAGCCAGGUAAUAUUUCUGACAUACUAGCCAGGUAAUAUUUCUGACAUACUAGCCAGGUAACAGUUCUGACAUACUAGCCAGGUAACAGUUCUGACAUACUAAUCAGGUAACAGUUCUGACAUAUAAGCCAGGUAACAGUUCUGACAUACUAAUCAAGUAACAGUUCUGACAUACUAGCCAGGUAACAGUUCUGACAUACUAGCCAGGUAACAGUUCUGACAUACUAGCCAGGUAACAGUUCUGACAAACUAGCCAGGUAACAGUUCUGACAAACUAGCCAGGUAACAGUUCUGACAAACUAGCCAGGUAACAGUUCUGACAAACUAGCCAGGUAACAGUUCUGACAAACUAGCCAGGUAACAGUUCUGACAUACUAGCCAGGUAACAGUUCUGACAUACUAGCCAUGUAACAGUUCUGACAUACUAGCCAGGUAACAGUUCUGACAUACUAGCCAGGUAACAGUUCUGACAUACUAGCCAGGUAAACAAUACUAGCUAGAUAACAGUUCUGACAUACUAAUCAGGUAACAGUUCUGACAUAUAAGCCAGGUAACAGUUCUGACAUACUAAUCAAGUAACAGUUCUGACAUACUAGCCAGGUAACAGUUCUGACAUACUAGCCAGGUAACUGUUCUGACAUACUAGCCAGGUAACAGUUCUGACAUACUAUCCAGGUAACAGUUCUGACAUACUAGCCAGGUAACAGUUCUGACAUACUAGCCAGGUAAACAAUACUAGCUAGAUAACAGUUCUGACAUACUAAUCAGGUAACAGUUCUGAUUUACUAAUCAGGUAACAGUUCUGACAUUCUAGCCAGGUAACAGUUCUGACAUACUAAGUAACAGUUCUGACAUACUAGCCAGACAACAGUUCUGAAAUACUAGCCAGGUAAACAAUACUAGCCAGACAACAGUUCUGAAAAACUAGCCAGGUAAACAAUACUAGCUAGAUAACAGUUCUGACAUACAAGCCAGGUAACAGUUCUGACAUACUAGCCAGUUAACAGUUCUGACAUACUAGCCAGUUAACAGUUCUGACAUACUAAUCAGGUAACAGUUCUGACAUACUAGCCAAUUAACAGUUCUGACAUACUAGCCAGGUAAUAUUUCUGACAUACUAGCCAGGUAAUAUUUCUGACAUACUAGCCAGGUAACAGUUCUGACAAACUAGCCAGGUAACAGUUCUGACAAACUAGCCAGGUAACAGUUCUGACAAACUAGCCAGGUAACAGUUCUAACAAACUAGCCAGGUAACAGUUCUGACAUACUAGCCAGGUAACAGUUCUGACAUACUAGCCAGGUAACAGUUCUGACAUACUAGCCAGGUAACAGUUCUGACAUACUAGCCAGGUAACAGUUCUAACAUACUAACCAGGUAACAGUUCUGACAUACUAGCCAGGUAACAGUUCUGACAUACUAACCAGGUAACAGUUCUGACAUACUAACCAGGUAACAGUUCUGACAUACUAGCCCAAGUAUGGCUACAAUUCCCAGGAUACUUAACCCCAUGUUAGACAGAACAUCUCAAGGGCAUUUCUUAGGAUGUAAUUAAGUCUGUUUCUUCCCCAGCAUUGGAGAGGGAAAAGCCAAUCUUAAUAUGAUGGGAGUUGGAAGUGGAGCAGGUGAGAAAGAACCAUGGUGUCACAAAGGAUUAAACUAUCAUAGAUAAACAUUUGUUGAGCAAAUUCAAAUAUUUACUCUUUGUUUAACCCUUUACACUGGUACGGGUUGAAAAUGGCUGAUUUGUGCACUGAUAAAAGCCUAAAUUGGAACGCAGUGGCUUUACAGUAACAUGCUAUACAUUUUACAUUUUAGUUAUUUAGCAGACACUCUUAUGCAGAACGACUUAGAGUAGCAAUCACAAUUAAGUGCCUUGCUCAAGGGCACAUCGACAGAUGUUUCACCUAGUCGGCUCAGGGAUUCAAACCAGUGACCUUUCGGUUACUGGCCCAAUGCUCUUAACCGCUAGGCUACCUAAAUGACAUCAGAGCUCUGUCUCUGCGUUUCACACCGCUGUAUGGGUUUUGACUGACAGUCGUUCUGAACUUGAGUCUGAGUGAGGGAAAUGCUGUAAAUUAAAAGGACUCUAUGUAUUUUCAAAGAUGAGACAUUGAUCCAAUUUGUAAGUCGCUCUGGAUAAGAGCGUCUGCUAAAUGACGUAAAUGUAAAUGUAAUUGAGGAUUAUAAUAAAUACCGCUUUGAUGUCAUACAAGCAAGCCAAACACCCGUAAGUCCAAAUGUGAACUUCACAUUUGCAUAUCAUAAACCUCAAGUGGUAUACAGUGUCAAUGUUUAUGAUCACUAUCUUGAUGUACAGUUCCAAGAUGACGUCAUACCAUGGGUUGUUCUGAACAGAAUGAGCCCAUGUUUGUUUAUUGUGAACAAAAUUUGCCGCUGAAAACGAACCUGAAUGCACUCAAUUCCUUUCUAUACGCAUCAAAAUUAUGAUCUGUUUCCCUGAAUUGCAUUGUGAAAGCCUAACACUGUAAUAUUGUAUUUUAGAACUUAGCUUGUCAUGCUGGCAAUAGAACUGUUUUUGGAUUGCGUAAACAACAACAACAAUUGUGUGAUGGUGGAGAUGCAGAGUUGUGUUCCAAACAUAACAAUUACAAGUGUGCUUGCUUUAGUUCCUCAAUGGCACAGCUAGGAGAGCUAAAAAAAACCACCUUUUAGUUGAAUCCUCUUCUUUGAGUUAUAAAGGUACAUUGAAAUUACUUAGGAACUGUGCACACUUUGGAGAGGUGUGGCCACCUGGAGACACCAGUUAGUCCUCUCACUCAAACCCACAGUCUGGAGAGGUGUGGUCACCUGGAGACACCAGUUAGUCCUCUCACUCAAACCCACAGUCUGGAGAGGUGUGGUCACCUGGAGACACCAGUUAGUCCUCUCACUCAAACCCACAGUCUGGAGAGGUGUGGUCACCUGGAGACACCAGUUAGUCCUCUCACUCAAACCCAGAGUCUGGAGAGGUGUGGUCACCUGGAGACACCAGUUAGUCCUCUCACUCAAACCCACAGUCUGGAGAGGUGUGGUCACCUGGAGACACCAGUUAGUCCUCUCACUCAAACCCACAGUCUGGAGAGGUGUGGUCACCUGGAGACACCAGUUAGUCCUCUCACUCAAACCCACAGUCUGGAGAGGUGUGGUCACCUGGAGACACCAGUUAGUCCUCUCACUCAAACCCACAGUCUGGAGAGGUGUGGUCACCUGGAGACACCAGUUAGUCCUCUCACUCAAACCCAGAGUCUGGAGAGGUGUGGUCACCUGGAGACACCAGUUAGUCCUCUCACUCAAACCCACAGUCUGGAGAGGUGUGGCCACCUGGAGACACCAGUUAGUCCUCUCACUCAAACCCAGAGUCUGGAGAGGUGUGGUCACCUGGAGACACCAGUUAGUCCUCUCACUCAAACCCACAGUCUGGAGAGGUGUGGUCACCUGGAGACACCAGUUAGUCCUCUCACUCAAACCCACAGUCUGGAGAGGUGUGGUCACCUGGAGACACCAGUUAGUCCUCUCACUCAAACCCAUGUCAUUGUUUUGUCAUAUGUUGCACCUACCCCACAUUUUCCAGCAGUAUUCUUAUCAUGUUCCUGAAUGUAUCAACAAAUGCGGAAAAAAGGACAGUAAAUGUAAAAUGCACAUAAAAUCAACAGCGUAAUGUUUGGAUUCAGUUUUGUGUCAGGUGAAUUGUUGUGUCCUCACCUUUGGUCUAAUAAUUUCCCCAUAAUCUCCAAACUGUUUCCUUUCAAUUGCUACCAUGGUUAUGCUUUUCAGAUUUCUUCUGUAAGAAACAUUUAAAUGUAGCCCUAUCCAUAUAGGCCAAUUCCCACGAGUGUAAAGGGUUAACAAUGUUGAUAACAAGAGGAGUAAUUAGCCUGUGAUAUUAUUGGUAUUACAUCCACUGUUCGGCUAAUCAUAACUGAUGACAAAUGAUCAUUGAUAUCCAUGAUUUACACAAUGAACCUGACUUAUUGGGUAGCUGUCCUGUGGAUCUUACGCUUUCUGUUUGAAAGACAUACACCUUUUGAUUUUUACUUCAUACCUGAUUAUGAUCACAUACAUUUUUUGAUUGUUGCACUGUUGAACACUUGUAAUCAUUCUCCAUCUUGUAGACCGCUAUCCAGCUGUCAGAUACUCAUUCACCUUUCCAUUACUCUUCUAUCAUUUUUCAAUCCAAUCAAUGAAACUAUCAGAGGACUUUGAUUACUCUGAAUCUGUAUCUAGUAGAAAAUCCCCUCUUCCAGCUCUCGUUCCAGCUCUUCACAGGGUUUCUCUUCCUAUAUUAGGAUAGAAUAGGAUUCACUUUAAUAUCCCCAAACACACAGUACUCCUGUAUACAAAAAUAGACACUGGUCAUUACCAGUGGCGGUUCCUGAAAGAAUUCUCAGGGGGGGGGCAAUUUUUCUGAUGAUUUAGGUGACCUACACACAUUUAAAAAAAGAUAUGUCCAGCAACAACAUGAAGACAGGGGCAGCAUAUAUGUCAAUACCAGAAGCAUUUAUUGACUGAUCUCAAAAGUGUUGGCUUACCAGGGUUGGUGGAGCCCUCAGUUUCAUCUUUGCCUCGCAAAGCUAACUCAAACACUCCGCAAAACUUCACACACUGGAUUAGCCGGCUGAGGAUGUGGCGGUUCUUGCUAACCUCAUCGUUGUGGCGGCGGACAGCUAGCCUGUAUCCCUCAUCCAGUUGAGUGGCAAUGUUCACUCUCCCCAAAGCAGACAAUCUCAAACAGCUAUCCAUGUGGGUCUUUGACAGCUCAUGUUUCUUAAUCUUUUCUGAAAGAUGGUGCAUGUCCGUUACACCAGUCGCUGUCCAAGCGGUGCUGUCUGCCGUGCCGCCUUCAGGGUGAAAGAGUAAGCAAGUGUAGCAGAAGACUGCAUUAGCUACAUCGCAGCCUGCUAGCCAGGUUUUUCGUUCGUACCAAUUUUUGGAAAAUCCUCGGGUGUAGGACUUUCCCCCUUUAGUAGAAACCUGUUGAAUUAUUAAAUUUGGUCUGGGAGGUCCUAAUUGUUUCGUUGCCAAUUUAUCUUGAUUUGUUCGCCGACAAAAAGGAACUUCUUUCAAAGAGACAAUCGAGUUGCACUGAACGCUAGCCAUCUUGACAGUAGUACGUGAAUUGAUUGACGCUGCUACCCGCUCUUUUCUUAGUUACGUUCAUGGUUAUGUUACGUAUGACAAAAGCGCGUAAGUGCAAGCCCUCAGAAACCCAUAGAGAUUGUAUUGAAAGCUCUGAUAUUUGAAAAAAAAAGAUUUUACAUGAGAGUCUAUGAGAGACUUCUGGGGCGAUUUUCAACCUGACUGAAAUCGCCCCAAAAGGGGCGGGGCCAUUUGAAGCACGACUUUAGCCUGAUUGGACAUUUAGUGGCAGAUCAGACGUCUAGAUUAGAACACUGAUAACUACUGUUGCCGUGAUAUAAUUGAUUAGAAAAAAAAUCCCUUCCUUUUCCCGUUUGGCAGUGCGUCGCCCAUAUCGCCCUAAUGAACACACCGCCCCUGGUCAUUACACACAACAUAAUACAUACAGUACAUUCCACAUUACCUGUCCUCUCCUCAGGUGAGAUAGACGUACCUGUAGGAUUGUCUCAGCUGUUCUCUCCUGUUCUCAGGUGAGACCUACAGUAUGUGUUUCCCGUUUUACCUACAUCACCUGUCCUCUCCUCAGGUGAGAUUGACCUUGAGAUGUUCUCUCAGCUGCAUCUGAAGCAUCCUGCAGUAACCGUGGACAACCAGGUGGUGGAACCCAGCGCCCAGCAGCUCCACCUCUAUAAGGGUAUAUAGUUCAGUAUGAUUACACCUCUAUAAGGGUAUAUAGUUCAGUAUGAUUACACCUCUAUAAGGGUAUAUAGUUCAGUAUGAUUACACCUCUAUGAGGGUAUAUAGUUCAGUAUGAUUCCAUCUCUAUAAGGGUAUAUAGUUCAGUAUGAUUCCAUCUCUAUAAGGGUAUAUAGUUCAGUAUGAUUACACCUCUAUAAGGGUAUAUAGUUCAGUAUGAUUACAUCUCUAUAAGGGUAUAUAGUUCAGUAUGAUUACACCUCUAUAAGGGUAUAUAGUUCAGUAUGAUUACGCCUCUAUAAGGGUAUAUAGUUCAGUAUGAUUCCAUCUCUAUAAGGGUAAAUAGUUCAGUAUGAUUACACCUCUAUAAGGGUAUAUAGUUCAGUAUGAUUCCAUCUCUAUGAGGGUAAAUAGUUCAGUAUGAUUACACCUCUAUAAGGGUAUAUAGUUCAGUAUGAUUCCAUCUCUAUGAGGGUAAAUAGUUCAGUAUGAUUACACCUCUAUAAGGGUAAAUAGUUCAGUAUGAUUACACGUCUAUAAGGGUAAAUAGUUCAGUAUGAUUCCAUCUCUAUAAGGGUAAAUAGUUCAGUAUAUAGUUCAGUGUAAUUAUAUGAAUGUACUGUAUAUAUUCUAUACAUAUAGUUUGUAUCUUAGGAUAACUUAUUUUGUUGAAUUACUUCAUAUAUCUUUAUCUUGUGUAGUGUUGGUGUCCCAGAAACCAAACCUAGACUAUAUUAAAUUCACUUGGAACAAGAUGACGGCCGCUGAGUUUGAGAAGCACUGGAGAGAGAACCAUUUGUCCAAGAAGAUGGACUUCAUUCACAUGAUACAGGUAGAACUACCCACAUUUUCCUAUUUUGUUGCAUUACAACCUCUAAUUUAAAUGGAUUUUUAUUUGGAUUUCGUGUAAUGGACAUACACAAAAUAGUCCAAAUUGGUGAAGUAAAAUGAAAAAAAUAACUUGUUUCAAAAAAUUCGUAAAAAUAGAUAAUGGAAAAGUGGUGCGUGCAUAUGUAUUCACCCCCUUUGCUAUGAAGCCCCUAAAUAAGAUCUGGUGCAACCAAUUACCUUCAGAAGUCACAUAAUUAGUUAGAUUGCACACAGGUGGACUUUAUUUAAGUGUCACAUGAUCUCAGUGUAUAUAUACACCUGUUCUGAAAGGCUCCAGAGUCUGCAACACCACUAAGCAAGGGGCACCACCAAGCAAGCGGCACCAUGAAGACCAAGGAGCUCUCCAAACAGGUCAGGGACAAAGUUGUGGAAAAGUAGAGAUCAGGGUUGGGUUAUAAAAUAAUAUCCGAAACUUUGAACAUCCCACGGAGCACCAUUAAAUCCAUUAUUAAAAAAUGGAAACAAUAUGGCACCACAACAAACAUGCCAAGAGAGGGCCGCCCAUCAAAACUCACGGACCAGGCAAGGAGGGCAUUAAUCAGAGAGGCAACAAAGAGACCAAAGAUAACCCUGAAGGAGCUGCAAAGCUCCACAGCGGAGAUUGGAGUAUCUGUCCAUAGGACCACUUUAAGCCGUACACUCCACAGAGCUGGGCUUUACGGAAGAGUGGCCAGAAAAAAGCCAUUGCUUAAAGAAAAAAAUAAGCAAACACGUUUGGUGUUCGCCAAAAGGCAUAUGGGAGACUCUCCAAACAUAUGGAAGAAGGUACUCUUGUCAGAUGAGACUAAAAUUGAGCUUUUUGGCCAUCAAGGAAAACGCUAUGUCUGGCGCAAACCCAACAUCUCUCAUCACCCCGAGAACACCAUCCCCACAGUGAAGCAUGGUGGUGGCAGCAUCAUGCUGUGGGGAUGUUUUGCAUCGGCAGGGACUGGGAAACUGGUCAGAAUUGAAGGAAUGAUGGAUGGCGCUAAAUACAGGGAAAUUCUUGAGGGAAACCUGUUUUAGUCUUCCGAGGACGGAGGUUCACCUUCCAGCAGGACAAUGACCCUAAGCAUUCUGCUAAAGCAACACUCGAGUGGUUUAAGGGGAAACAUUGAAAUGCCUUGGAAUGGCCUAGUCAAAGCACAGACCUCAAUCCAAUUGAGAAUCUGUGGUAUGGCUUAAAGAUUGCUGUACACCAGCGGAACCCAUCCAACUUGAAGGAGCUGGAGCAGUUUUGCCUUGAAGAAUGGGCAAAAAUCCCAGUGGCUAGAUGUGCCAAGCUUAUAGAGACACCCCAAAAGACUUGCAGCUGUAAUUGCUGAAAAAGGUGGUUUGUUUCACAAUUAAUAUUUUGCAUCUUCAAAGUGGUAGGCAUGUUGUGUAAAUCAAAUGACACAAACCCACAAAAAAAUCAAUUUUAAAUCCAGGUUGUAAGGCAACAAAAUAGGAAAAAUGCCAAGGGGGGUGAAUACUUUCGCAAGCCACUGUAUGUUUUACAUUUUACAUUUUACAUUUUAGUCAUUUAGCAGACGCUCUUAUCCAGAGCGACUUACAGGAGCAAUUAGGGUUAAGUGCCUUGCUCAAGGGCACAUCGACAGAUUUUUCACCUAGUCGGCUCGGGGAUUAGAACCAGCGACCUUUCGGUUACUGGCACAACGCUCUUAACCACUAAGCUACCUGCGUAUGUGUCAUACAUAGCUACACUGAACAAAAAUAUAAAUGCAACAUGUAAAAUCUCCCAUAUGCACAAAAAGCUUAUUGCUCUCAAAUUUUGUGAACACAUUUUUUUUACCUACCUGUUAGUGAGCAUUUCUCCUUUGCAAAGAUAAUCCAUCCACCUGACAGGUGUGGCAUAUCAAGAAGCUGAUUAAACAGCAUGAUCAUUAUCAGUGGCGAUUUUAGCAUGUAAAUCUUGGUGGGGCAAACUCCCACCAAAAUCUUUGAUGCAUGCCAGCAAAGCAAAGCCACUACACAACACAACACAACAUUAAACAAUACAUUAAUUGCACUAUAACGGUGACAAAUGGUGCCCACAAACUGUUAGGGCCUGUCUCAACAGCAGAGCUUUCUUUUCAGCACCAUGGAGUGAAUCCUUACCACUGCUACACCUGGCUAUCAGUGGAGCCUUGUCUGGCAGCUAAACAGUUAAUUCAGCCUCAUUUACUGCCUUUAAAAAACCCCAUAGCUGAUAUGGCUGACUUGCUUAAACAAAUGUGGUUUCUACUGACAAUUGAGAUGUACAAACUAUGGCAUAAGGGGACGACAAGCGGAUAAGAGGCAAUCCGUAAUUUCAAUUAAGACAUUCAUGAGAUGAAUGUACAUCGACAGAAUUCAGAACAUGGGCCGUUCUUACAGUGUUCUCCCUGUACACCAAGUCAGAACCGUAGGAUAAAUAAAGGGGGCAUAUAAGCAGACAAUGAAAGCUCUUACAAUAUUCGAUGAUUACAUUUCUCUAAAACAGGUUAUAGGCUACAUGUGCACCACCAAGUCAGAACAGUAGGCUAAGUUAUGAGGGGGAAAGGGACCAAAAUAUUAGGGUGAGGCACAUGGGCUACUAAAAGCUUACUACACAACAUACACUUAGUAUUACUUUCUUAGCUACAGUGUACAUAUCUCCCUGGCAUAUUACAUUGUUUAUGCAGCAGCAUAGAAUACAUUUUUGGACUCACCUUGUUGUGCUGUGCUCACUUGAACAGGAAGGUGGUGUGGCGGUCCUUCUUGUGGGCAAAUUUAGUCAUCAAACUUUGUCAUGAAAGUCUGGCAUUCUCUGGAUUUAUGGUGCUUUCAAGACAACUGGGAACGCGAAAAAAAACAAGGUCAAAUCAUGACGUCAGUGAUCUUCAGGUCGGAGCUCUAGAAAGAGGCCGACUUGGAAUUCCGAGUUGGAUGACCGUUCAAAACGUAUUUUCCCAGUCGGAGUUCCCAGUUUGUGUUGAACUCACUGAAGUCUGAGAUUUCCCAGUCAGAGUUCCCAGUUUGUGUUGAACUCACUGAAGUCUGAGAUUUCCCAGUCAGAGUUCCCAGUUUGUGUUGAACUCACUGAAGUCUGAGAUUUCCCAGUUCCGAGUUUCCAGUUGUUUUGAAGUCAUGCUGGAUUGACAGCAUGGCCAAUGUAUUCAACAUUUUCUGGCCCAUGGUGUUGAAUGUUUAUCCUUUUAAGCUUGGAAAAGAAACCCUUAAACCCAGACUUGGACCACACACCCACUCCACUGAAUAGCAGGCUAGUGAUUGUUUUGCAAUGCUUGCAGUUAGCCACUGAUUCCUUCCAAACCACUCACUGUUGAAUUUGCGAUAUCUAACUUGUGUUAUGUUUAUGUCCAAUGGCCGAUGAGCACCGAUAUGUUUUAUCUAUAAUUUCUCUCAAUAUGACAUGAAUUGAAAAGGAUUUUCCAGUAGAUUGUUGACUUGAUUCAUGAUGAUGACUGCUUGUCUAGCUUGCUAGCUAAUAUUUUGAAAGUAUGAUGUUUACAUGAUCAGUCCAAUCAAAGUUACAGUGUAUAUAUAAUGUGAUUUGACAUCAUUUUAUCUGUGGCCAAUGACCUUGAGCCUUCUUGGAUGGGCACUUCUAAUGUAACUCUAUGGCAGCACCCAAGGGGCUUGAAUUUUCGAGCUCUCCCCGUAGAUUUUGCGGUGGCAUAGUGUCCCCAUGAGUGACAGAACACUGAGCCAAUCACGCCGCCACUAGAGAACAUUACCAACCCCUACGCUCCGUAUUUUCCGCUGGCUGCCCCACCACCACAGAAAGCAGUUUUGUCACACAACACAAUGCCGAAGAUGUCUCAAGUUUUGAGGGAGCGUGCAAUUGGCAUGCUGACUGCAGGAAUAUCUACCAGAGCUGUUGCCAGAUAAUUGAAUAGAAUUUGGCAGUAUGUCCAACUGGCCUCACUGACCGCAGACCACGUGUAACCACGCCAGCCCAGGACCUCCACAUCCGGCUUCUUCGCCUGCGGGAUCGUCUGAGACCAGCCACCCGGACAGCUGAUGAAACUGUUGAUUUGCACAACCGAAGACUUUCUGCACAAACUGUCAGAAACUGUCUCAGGGAAGCUUAUCUGCGUGCUCAUCGUCCUCACCAGGGUCUUGACCUGACUACAGUUUGGCGUCGUAACCAACUUCAAUGGGCAAAUGCUCACCUUCGAUGUCCACUGGCACGCUGGAGUGUGCUCUUCACAGAUUUAUCCUGGUUUCAACUGAACUGGGCAGAUGGCAGACAGCGUGUAUGGCAUUGUGUGGGUGAGCGGUUUGCUGAUGUCAACGUUUUGAACAGAGUGCCCGUUGCUCGGCGGUGGGGUUAUGGUAUGGGCAGGCAUAAGCUACGGACAACGAACACAAUUGCAUUUUAUCAAUGGCAAUUUGAAUGCACAGAUACUGUAUACCGUGAUGAAAUCCUGAGGCCCAUUGUCGUGCCAUUCAUCCGCCGCCUUCACCUCAUGUUUCAGCAAGAUAAUGCACGGCCCCAUGUCACAAGGAUCUGUAUACAAUUUCUAGAAACUGAAAAUGUCCAAGUUCUCCCAUGACCUGCAUACUCACCAGACAUCGACGUGUACGACAGCAUGUUCCAGUUCCCGCCAAUAUCCAGCAACUUUGCACAGCCAUUGAAGAGGAGUGGGACAACAUUCCACAGGCCACAAUCAACAGCCUGAUAAACUCUAUGCGAAGAUGUGUCACGCUGCAUGAGGCAAAUGGUGGUCACACCAGAUAUUGACUCGUUUUCUGAUCGCCCCUACCUUUUUUUUUAGGGUUACCAACAGAUGCAUACAGUGGGGGAAAAAAAGUAUUUAGUCAGCCACCAAUUGUGCAAGUUCUCCCACUUAAAAAGAUGAGAGAGGCCUGUAAUUUUCAUCAUAGGUUCACGUCAACUAUGACAGACAAAUUGAGAAAAAAAAAUCCAGAAAAUCACAUUGUAGGAUUUUUAAUGAAUUUAUUUGCAAACUAUGGUGGAAAAUAAGUAUUUGGUCACCUACAAACAAGCAAGAUUUCUGGCUCUCACAGACCUGUAACUUCUUCUUUAAGAGGCUCCUCUGUCCUCCACUCGUUACCUGUAUUAAUGGCACCUGUUUGAACUUGUUAUCAGUAUAAAAGACACCUGUCCACAACCUCAAACAGUCACACUCCAAACUCCACUAUGGCCAAGACCAAAGAGCUGUCAAAGGACACCAGAAACAAAAUUGUAGACCUGCACCAGGCUGGGAAGACUGAAUCUGCAAUAGGUAAGCAGCUUGGUUUGAAGAAAUCAACUGUGGGAGCAAUUAUUAGCAAAUGGAAGACAUACAAGACCACUGAUAAUCUCCCUCGAUCUGGGGCUCCACGCAAGAUCUCACCCCGUGGGGUCAAAAUGAUCACAAGAACGGUGAGGAAAAAUCCCAGAACCACACGGGGGGACCUAGUGAAUGACCUGCAGAGAGCUGGGACCAAAGUAACAAAGCCUACCAUCAGUAACACACUACGCCGCCAGGGACUCAAAUCCUGCAGUGCCAGACGUGUCCCCCUGCUUAAGCCAGUACAUGUCCAGGACCGUCUGAAGUUUGCUAGAGUGCAUUUGGAUGAUCCAGAAGAGGAUUGGGAGAAUGGCAUAUGGUCAGAUGAAACCAAAAUAUAACGUUUUGGUAAAAACUCAACUCGUCGUGUUUGGACGACAAAGAAUGCUGAGUUGCAUCCAAAGAACACCAUACCUACUGUGAAGCAUGGGGGUGGAAACAUCAUGCUUUGGGGCUGUUUUUCUGCAAAGGGACCAGGACAACUGAUCCGUGUAAAGGAAAGAAUGAAUGGGGCCAUGUAUCGUGAGAUUUUGAGUGAAAACCUCCUUCCAUCAGCAAGGGCAUUGAAGAUGAAACGUGGCUGGGUCUUUCAGCAUGACAAUGAUCCCAAACACACCGUCCGGGCAACGAAGGAGUGGCUUCGUAAGAAGCAUUUCAAGGUCCUGGAGUGGCCUAGCCAGUCUCCAGAUCUCAACCCCAUAGAAAAUCUUUGGAGGGAGUUGAAAGUCCGUGUUGCCCAGCGACAGCCCCAAAACAUCACUGCUCUAGAGGAGAUCUGCAUGGAGGAAUGGGCCAAAAUACCAGCAACAGUGUGUGAAAACCUUGUGAAGACUUACAGAAAACGUUUGACCUGUGUCAUUGCCAACAAAGGGUAUAUAACAAAGUAUUGAGAAACUUUUGUUAUUGACCAAAUACUUAUUUUCCACCAUAAUUUGCAAAUAAAUUCAUUAAAAAUCCUACAAUGUGAUUUUCUGGAUUUUUUUUCUCAUUUUGUCUGUCAUAGUUGACGUGUACCUAUGAUGAAAAUUACAGGCCUCUCUCAUCUUUUUAAGUGGGAGAACUUGCACAAUUGGUGGCUGACUAAAUACUUUUUUCCCCACUGUAUCUGUAUUCCCAGUCAUGUGAAAUACAUAGAUUAGAUUAGGGCCUAAUUUAUUUAUUUCAAUUGACUAAUUUCCUUAUAUGAACUGUAACUCAGUAAAAUCUUUGAAAUUGUUGCGUUUUAUAUUUUUGUUCAGUGUAUUUAUUUGAUUAUAUUAACCUGAUAGUUCCCCUGUAUUCCAUCCAGAUGUUGUACUACGUGAAGGACCCAGGUGCUACAGUCACAUUCUACCAGAGCCUCCUGGACAGGAAUGGAAAACUACUCAUCAUUCUGGUGUCUGGUGAGUCAGUUGAGUUGAUGUAUAUCUACAAGCAUUGGUUAUGUUAUCAGACUCCAUGCCAGACCUCUGUUAUACUGUUAUACUUUACCAUAUAAUUACAUAUUACAACUAAUUAAUCAUGAGUUACUAUUAGAACUAAGUAAUUUAAUAGCAUAUCUGUGGUGGUUACACUGUGUGUUCUGUUACUAUGGGUGGUUACACUGUGUGUUCUGUUACUAUGGGUGGUUACACUGUGUGUUCUGUUUCUAUGGGUGGUUACACUGUGUGUAAUGUCUGUAGGUGAGAGUGGCUGGGGGAAGCUGUGGAGAACCUUCAGGACUCAGCUGUGCAACACAGAGAUCAGUCAGUGUGUGACUACAGGUGAUAUUAAAGCCUACCUGGAGUCUAAGACAGUGAGUUACCAGAGCUACAAGCUGCCAUCUCAAAUGGACAUCACAGAGUGUUUCACUGAGGGGGACCAGAGAGGAGAACUGCUCCUGGACUUCCUGACUGAGGUGUUAAACUUCAGCUCCACAGCUCCUCCUGAGCUGAAGAGAGGAGUUCUAGACCUGCUGAAGACCCCAGACUGCAGCAAGGAGGUGGAUGGGAGGGUCAUCUUUAAUAACACCCUGGAGGUGCUGGUGGUCGACCCUCUACAGUAACAUAGGAAUAGAUCUCAAAAUGCUGUAGCAACAAUGUGUAUCACUGAUAAACACUGAGUAUACAAAAUAUUAGGAACACUUUCUCUUUCCAUGACAUAGACUGA